AUGAUGGAUUUACUAACCAAUAAUAAGAAAACUAUUUAUGUAUAUGGAACAAUAGUUUGUAUUACUGCUAUUUUAUUUUAUUUGAAACUUUUAUAUAUAAAUUUAUAUGUGAUACUUUGUUUCUUUUUUGGAUUAUUUUAUGUUAUUUUUUAUCAAUCAAAUACUAUAAUACAACCACGGCAAUGUAGUUUAGAAGAACUUAUAAAUAAAUAUAAAUUUUCCCCAGGAAUUUAUUCUUUUUUAAAAGAAUUAAAAGAUUCCUUUGAACGGAAUAAUCAUAGUAAGGAGAGGCAUUCAAUGGCUUCAUCACCAGAAGUUGACGCAAUUCUAGAACAACUUUUGACAUAUUUUGUUAGAGAUUUUAUUGAUAAUUGGUAUUAUCAUAUUAAUUCUGAUAGUGGUUUUCAAGAAAGUUUGAAACGAAUGAUUAGACGUACAAUUGCAGCAUUUAGUUUUUGCCUAAGUAAAGUAGAUUGGCAAGAAUUAUUUACAAGAGAUAUUGUUGAUGAUGUAGCAUCUCAUUUUAGAUUAUUUAGAAAGGCAAAAGAAAGACUAGAUAUUAAAAAAGAGAUAAGAUAUAAUAAUUUGGAGUCAUUAUUUUUUGAUGUUGAAUUAGAAAUGGAAAAAAAUUAUUGUAGAGAUCUUGUAUCUACAACACCACAAUAUGAAGUGGCUUAUUUUAAGGAUGUCGUAGAUAUUCUUUUACAUUUAUUAAUGCCUGCUGAAGAUUUUAGAUGUAGACCAUUAAGAUUUGUUUUGAGAGACACUUUAGUAAAUAGAAUUUUUAUUCCUUGUUUCGAUAAACUUUCAGAUCCUGAUUAUGUAAAUUAUAUGAUUGUUUGGCUUCUUAGUGAAGUUAAUAUAGAUACAGAUGCAUUUAUAUUGUCUCUUGAGACAUCACAUUCAGUUCCUGAAUUAGAAGCUAUAUUAGAAUCAAUAGAUGAAGAGAUAAAUGGUUUAAAAUCAAAAGAUAGAGGAAGAGAAUUUCUAGAUAUUGUUCAUCAACAAAUAGCUAGCCUAGAAUUUGCCGCAGAAACAAUUAAAAAAAGGAUGGUUGUUUUAACUUCUCAUCCAAAUUUAGAAAUUUUAAAUGACAUUGAAAUUGGUGAACAAAUUAGUAGUGAUGUAGUACAAUUACCAAUUACUGUAAUUUUAACAAAUAAUGUUGCAUUAUCUUAUUUUACAACAUUUUUAAAAAAACAUGGUGGUCAAAAUUAUAUAGAUUGUUAUUUAGCCAUAGAAGGUUUCAAGGUGAGUACAGAACAACAAUUUAGAGCAUUAGCUGGUGGGGAAGUUCAUGAGGAAGAUGUUAUAAAAGUUGUCAAAGAUUCAGCCUUAUUUUUAUAUCAUCAAUUUCUUUCUCAAGAGGCAAAAACAAAAGUAAUUCUUGGGGAAAAUGUUGUUAAUAAAUUUUUAGCACGCCUUCGAAAUGAUGAACCAGCUGAUACUUGGUUUGAACUUAUUGAAGAAAAACUUAUUGAUAUAUUAAACAAAGACAAUCAAUUUUAUCCUUCUUUUAAAAAAUCAAAUGAAUAUAUUGAUUUACUUAUUGAACUUGGGAUAUUACUUUCAUCUAAAGAUGAUGAAAGUAUGAUUGAUGAAGAAGAUGUUAAAUCUCUUGGUAGUGUUGGAUCAUUUACAUCUUUAGAAUUUAAUCAACCACCAAUAGGAGUUUUAAAAAAAAAUUUAAUCAUUUCUGUUGUCAUUGAACAUUUAGGUAUUGGUCAUCAUGAUCAAAAAUCAUUUACACUUUAUAAUAUGAAAAUUAUUAAAGAUAAUGGUCCUGAAUCAAGUACAUCUGAAUGGAAUGUUAUAAGAAGAUAUUCUGAUUUUUAUAAAUUAAAUCAAAUAAUAAAAGAGAAAUAUCCAAAAUUAAAACAUAUUGCAUUUCCGGGAAAAAAAGCAUUUAAUAAUUUUGAUUCAAUGUUUUUAGAAAAAAGAAGUGCAGCACUUAAUGUAUAUAUUAAUACAAUAUUGGAAACAAAUAUACUUGAAGCUAAUAGUGGUUUAGAUAAUAUUAUUUAUGAUUUUUUAACACAAAAAACAUAUACAGGUAUUAAAGAAGGACUAUCAAAAAAAGUUAUUAGUAAUUUAUUUAAUCCGGUGGUAACAAGUGUCAAAGCUUUUGGGACUGUUGUAACAUCUGUUCCUGAUCAGGUUAUAGAUGGUGUAACAAAAGUUGGUACUGGUUUAAAUAGAGCAGCAUCUCAAGUACUAAAUACUAUGGGAAGUAAAGGAAAUGAUUUAUCUGAUUACAAUCGAGUUGCAGCUGACAUACAAAAUGAAACAUUUUCAGAUAACAUUCCAUUACAAGUUUUACUUCUAGUUUUUGAUGAAGUUUUUGGUCUUCGAGGUAGAGGACAAUGGUUUAGGAGGCAAUUAACAAAUUUAUUACAUCAAAUUAUUUCAGCAACUCUUGGUGGUUCAAUAAAUAAAAAAAUCAUUGAUCUUGUUGAUUGGUUAACUUCAUCAGAACAAAUUGUACAGUAUCUUGUUGCUUUUAGAGAAACUAUGUGGCCAAAUGGAAUUUUAAAUACAAAACAAGAAAUGCGUUCUUUAAGUUAUUCAUUAAGAACAAGACUAUUUGCUAGAACACAAAUGUAUGCUUCUAUUCCUGAUGAAUUAAGAAUUUUUAUUGGAACAAAUGUUGCUGUUUGUGGUAUAUCAAAUAUUUCAGAUUGUUUACAAAAUAGACAUUUAAAUAGGAGACUUCUUUAUGUUAUACUUGAAAGACUUCUUGUAAAAAUUUUUCCUAAUAAUAGAUUUGACAAAAUAUUGCCUCAGUUACAUAGUAAAAGUCCCAGAACUAUGACUGUAUAA